GUCACGUGGUAAAACAACUUUCGCGUCGUUGCCAUGGAGUUGUUUAUGAAAAUCCGCUGCUCAUUGGUCGGAGAUAUUGUCACGACCAAAGUGCGCGCUGUCAUUGGUUGGUACGGCUUCCUAUUGCGACCAAUGGCGAAGCGCGCUUUUUACAAACUGCUGCGAGUCCAGGAAGUUGACAGCCCUCCGCAGUGUGAAAGGACGCAACAAGGGAUCUUUAAAUCUCCAGAAAACGCCUGGAAAACGAAAACAUUCGGAAUUAAUUGUAUCAGAAAGGCUUUAUUGGAUGCUCAGAAUUCUUCUUUACUCCUUCACCACCCACUUCCUCCUCCUGUUAUCAUUAUGGAUUCAUCUGCAGUCCUUCGUCAGCAAAGUCAGAACAAAAUCCACAGUGACUUUAAGAGAAUGAAGAAUGAACAUAACAAAAUGCCAGCGAACCCAAAGCCUUCCAAACCUGUGUCUGCAACUCACCUUUCUAAACAAAACAGUGAGAACAAAGACCCAGGAAUCUCAGAAAUAGGUAGAAAGGCAGCUGUGCGACCAGGUGUAAGCAGGCUUCCGGUGCUUGCAAAGUCUCUUCAUCUCCAGACUCCCUCAGACUUCAGUCAGUCUCACUGUAGGUGGGAGGAGAAACCUCUGGCUGGGAAAGCUAAGAAGAAAAAGCCAUGCACCAGGCCUGUGCCGUUUAACUUCUCUCAGCCCAAGAGUUCAAGAACAACCAGCGAAAAACACCAGCCCAUAACAUCACAGACUGGCACUCAUGCUGUCCAACCUGAAAACAGUGUAUGCAGUGCUCGACUAAAGACCCAGAACAUUAAUUCAAAAUCUUCUAAACAUCCAGCUGUGUUAAACAGCCAUGUGGACUCAACACAUAAGUCUCACGGAAAGGCUACAGAACACCUGUCAGAACAGCCUGGGCUUCCCAACACUUUUAAGACUUCAGCUACUUUGUCCAAUCCUCUGUCAGCCAUUCCUAAUAACACUCUGCAUCAGAAGAGCACUCCUUCUUCUGCACAGCCUGCUCUCAGUGCAGAGACAUGUUUGGAAAACAUGAACCAGCUCAGUCUCAAAGAUCCAACCAAGACAUCGCAGAACGCACAGCUGACCACGCAAGUUACUGACAAAGGGGAGAACUUCCAGUCUGACCAUGCUGCUUUGCUCAGUAUCCUCCGGAACGAGGGAAUAAGUGUCACAGGUCUGGGAUCUGCAACUCCACAGUGUAAACCGUAUAACUAUCUGCCCCAGCGAGUGUCUGUCAUGAAGAGUCGACAAAAAGCUGGAACCACCACAGGAGCAGUGAAGUCUGUGCAGUUCUCCCCAGACCCCGGUGCACUGCAAAGUAUCCUCCAGAACGAGGGGGUUAAGGCUGGAGGGGCCGUAGGCGCCACACCCCGAAACUCUGUCUGUCCAUCAGGCAGAGGCACUUCAGUCUACACAGCUCAGAGAGUGCCGGUGAGGAAAAAUCAUGCAGAGGCGACUGGCGGACCAGUGGCAGUAACGCUCAAAGAGACUCCGCUGAAGAAAUGGACUCCACAGAGAGUCCGUGACACCAGACAUCAGCCCAUGUCUGCUAUGAAAUGGCAUCUGUCGACACAACAGUCACCAUACGCCGGCACGCCCGUGCUGAGGAGCAGCAAAACCAACCUUCAGCCGCACCAGGAGCAGGAGAUCGUCCAGCGAUUAUUUGAUGAACCAGAUGAUGAGCAGAACACUAAUGUGACUGACAAAGAUCCCGAGACACGAGCAGAGCAGCUCCCAGUUCAAGCCUCAAGUACUAAAACCCGCUGUGAGGAAAAAGCAGAGACAAGCAGGGCUAACACCAGUGAGGAUGAGGAGAGGGAGCAGGGGCAGAGGACUGUGGGAGGACAACCUUUCAUCCAAGCACCGCAAAGAGAGUCUGUCAUUUUUUUCUCAACGGGCAAAAAGCUGUUCAGAGCCCCACGUUUUGAGAAGCAGGAGAGCUCAUCUGAUCAGCAUGGUCCAGUUCCAUCACAGCAGAGAAAGGUGCUGCCAGUACAUGAGGAGAUGUCAUCUGCGUCAGAACAGACCUGUCAGAUCAACCUGCCUGUUCAGAGUCUGCACAGAGACAUCAUUGUUCAGAAGAGCUAUGGAUUGAGUCCUGCUGUGGCGUUGCUGCGUAAGCGUCUUCCUCCUCUGGAGGAGCUGCGCAUGGACGAGGAGGUGGCCACCUACACCUCGGUGUCUGUCCCCGAUGCCCCUGGGUUUCUCCCCCCUCGGCCUCGCUGUGAAAACCCUCUGGUCUCCAUCCUGCACUUUGAAGAGUCCUCUAGAUUUGUUCCAAUUGGCUUCAAUCUCUCCUCUGGUUCGUCUUCUCCACAGAGCUCUCCACUGCAGGAGAGAUGAUUUGCACUACAAGCACAGUAUUUGUUUUGACUGUGAAUAUCCAGAGUGGAUAAGCUCACUCUGGUGGACUGUUGAGACUUUCUUUAGUAGAACUGCCGAUGUUUGUCCAACACUGUUACCAGCCGUAAUACACGCCCAAAGAUCAUUGCUGGGAUCAUUUUUAUUUUAUUAUUAUAGAUGCUUUCGAAAAAGAAUAGAGGUUAUAUCUGUGAAAUGAGGCAUCUUUUAUACUACAGGCAUUCAUGCUUGACAAUAAUGUAGAUGUACAGAUAUUACAUAUAAUGUUUAUUACAUGAAUCCAAAACUAAAUGUUGGAAAGAUAAAAGUUUGUAAAAGGUCAGUGAAGACUCUGGACUUCAUCAGUGUUAUAGCUUUAGUACACAUGUAGAGUAGGAAGACAUUGUUAUUUGUUGUUAUCUGCAAUUUUGAACAAACCAGAAUCUUGUUGUGUGGAUUGAAAAUGAUUAAAGUUCUUAAUGUACAGUGUUUAUAAUAAAUGUAAAUAUGUUACAGUUGA